UGGGAAUCGGCCUUCUGACCCUCAGUUUCAGGACAGCAUCUGAUUGAGGCCCAUUUGUCAUUAGUAUCUGCCUCGAUUCCCUCUGCCUGUUUCACUCUCUGUUCUGGCUGGCAUAAGAUAAAUGUUUUUCUUCACGCAUAAAGACAUGAAUUUCCUGUCCAGCAUAUGAACAGCCCUGCUUUUAUUACUCUGGUACAACCUGGAAUUGCAUCAGAUUAGUGGCUGAAGGACUGCGAAGUUAUAAUAAAUCAAGCAAACAUCCUUCAAGACAACAAUAGAUUUCAGGCCGGUGUCCAGAAGUAAUGAACUCGCAUGAAUUUCUAGUAACUGGAACAGAUUUUGUAGGCUGUAAAUGGAAAUGUUAACGUUUCAAACCAUUUAGUCUAAGUGGACUCUGAUCGUCAGGAAUCUAACAGCCAGCUGGCCUUGCACAAAGAAAUUGUCGGGGGUUGUUUCGAAGUUCUUACCAUGGCUGAAUGGACCUUUCUGAAUGUGCUCUUUGACUCCCUGCAGGCCCAGUCCCCAUUCCUGGGACGCUUUUGGGUUCUGCUCAUGCUGGUGCUUCGCAUGUUGAUACUGGGCACCGUAGCCAGCGAUAUGUUUGCCGACGAGCAGGCCGAGUUCACCUGCAACACCCUGCAGCCGGGCUGCAAACAGGUGUGCUACGAUGAGGCAUUCCCAAUCUCCAUGUUCCGCUUCUGGGUUUUCCAAAUCGUGCUCAUCUCCACACCAUCACUGAUCUUCCUUAUGUAUGCCACUCACUACAAAAACAAGAAGACGGGGACGCAGAAGCAGGACGGUACCACCAGCUUUAAGGAGGACGUCCACUUGCAGCAUCUCUAUAUUGUCAACGUAGCCUUCCGCCUUUUCGCUGAAGUGGCCUUGUUGUUCUGUCAGUGGUGCUGGUAUGGCUUUGAGGUAGAGGCCAAGUUUCCCUGCAGUCGCAUUCCCUGCCCUUACACUGUGGACUGUUACACCUCCAGACCGAAGGAGAAGACACUUUUCCUCCGUUUUUACUUCGCCGUUGGCAUCUUAUCAACUGCAUCAAACUUUGCUGAGUUGCUGCUUAUGUCUUAUAAGUGGAUACAUGACUGCUGCAAGUCUUUACAGCCCAGUGACAGCACAGAGAGCCUGCAGGGCCUGGACAGUAAGGAGGCUUCCAAACAAGAGACAGUGAAGAUGUUGCUCUCCAAAAAAUCCCAGUGUGGCACCACACGCAAAGUGAAGCCGACGUACAUCACAGGCCUGAAGUGCUCCCAGCAUGAACCUGGGACUGAGUGAGGACGCCAGCAGCCCCCCCCC